UCUACAUCAUUUCAGCUGUCAGGAGAAGCAGACUAACUGAGAAGAGUACAGCAUGAGGGACAGGAGAGGAGCAGAGAGUGAGAGAAAGUGAGAAGCCAGGCUGAGGCAUGGAGAAUAGCCAAAAGAAGGUGAGAUUCAAAUUGGAAUGAAGACCAUGGAGCAGCACGGCGAGACAGUGCCUCUUCCUGGGAAACUGGAGACAGACAGAGAAAUCUAUCUGAACGAAGGUGCCAGAAAAGAAUAGCAGAGACUUUCCAGGAAAGCCUGAAGAAGGAAGGUGACAUUCGAUAGAAAAAUGUGAUUAACAAAAAGUUAGAUGCCAGCAGAGAUGCCAAGAAGAUUUAUUUGAAAAGAAGAAGAAGAUUACAAGAAGAAGAACCUGGGGAUUCUAUUUAAAACAAAAAAAGAAACUUAAGAAAACUGACAAUGGGAAAAUGUAGUUUCAGGAAACUGGGGUUGAGCAAAAGGAAAAGGACAGAUGCACAACUGUAGCCCCAGCUGUUAGGAAGAAGAGAGUGUGGAGGGAAAAAAAGACAUGAGUUUGCCAACAAACUCUGGCUUUCUUACUUCGAAGGAUCUCUCCUUAAAAUUACGAAAUGGGAAUAUCUUUGGGUCUCCAUGUGCUGUCAACCGGCCGAUUGAUAUCAUACAGAAGCGAAAACGUUUUGAUGUUGAGAAUGGCCUGUCGGUGGGACGGAGCCCCCUGGACCCCCAGGCUAGUCCAGGGUCUGGCCUCAUACUGCAAGCCAACUUCCCCCACAGCCAGCGGCGGGAGUCCUUCCUGUACCGGUCAGACAGCGACUUUGACCUGUCCCCCAAAGCCAUGUCCAGGAACUCGUCCACCACCAGUGAGCUACAUGGAGAAGACAUGAUUGUAACCCCAUUUGCACAAGUGCUGGCCAGCUUGCGAACAGUUCGGAGUAACUUUGCAAUCCUGACCCACCUACAGGAGCGUGUGACCAACAAGAGAUCAUCGGGCAGCAAUCCCCCGUCCAAAGCAACUCUCCCAGAGGAGACCUGUCAGAAACUGGCGAUCGAGACACUGGAAGAACUGGACUGGUGUCUGGACCAGCUGGAGACUCUGCAGACCCGUCAUUCUGUCGGUGAGAUGGCCUCCAAUAAGUUUAAAAGGAUGCUGAAUCGAGAGCUGACACACCUAUCAGAAACCAGCCGGUCUGGGAACCAGGUCUCCGAGUUCAUAUCAAAUACAUUUUUAGAUAAACAGCAUGAAGUGGAAAUCAUGUCUCCGAUACAAAAAGACAAGGACAAGACAAAGAGGCCCAUGUGCCAGAUUAGCGGGGUUAAGAAGUUAACGCAUAGUACCAGCCUGAAUACCUGCAGCAUCCCUCGCUUCGGAGUCAAGACCGAUAAGGAAGGACCUUUGACAAAGGAACUAGAAGAAAUCAACAGAUGGGGCCUUAAUGUUUUUAAGAUAGCAGAAUAUUCUGGAAAUCGGCCAUUAACAGUUAUAAUGUACACCAUCUUCCAGGAGAGAGACCUGUUGAAGUCCUUUAAGAUCCCUGUCGACACAUUUAUCACCUUUAUGAUGACCUUGGAAGAUCACUACCACUCGGAUGUGGCAUAUCACAACAACAUCCACGCAGCUGACGUGGUCCAGUCUACCCACGUGCUCCUCUCCACACCAGCACUGGAGGCUGUGUUUACAGACCUAGAGAUCCUGGCCGCUAUCUUUGCCAGUGCGAUCCAUGACGUUGAUCACCCGGGGGUAUCAAACCAGUUUCUGAUUAACACAAACUCGGAGCUGGCCCUGAUGUACAAUGACUCCUCUGUGCUGGAGAAUCAUCACCUGGCCGUGGGCUUCAAGCUGCUGCAUGAGGAGAAUUGUGACGUCUUCCAGAACCUGAGCAAGAAGCAGAGGCAGUUGCUCCGGAAGAUGGUCAUCGACAUGGUCCUGGCGACAGACAUGUCAAAGCACAUGAACCUGCUGGCUGAUUUGAAAACUAUGGUGGAGACUAAGAAAGUGACGAGUUUAGGGGUCCUGUUGCUGGAUAACUACUCCGACCGAAUACAGGUUCUUCAAAACAUAGUGCACUGCGCUGACCUCAGCAACCCUACCAAGCCUCUGCAGCUGUACCGGCAGUGGACAGACCGCAUCAUGGUGGAGUUCUUCACACAGGGGGACCGCGAGCGCGACAAGGACAUGGAGAUCAGCCCCAUGUGUGAUAAGCACAACGCCUCCAUCGAGAAGUCACAGGUGGGCUUCAUCGAUUACAUCGUGCACCCGCUGUGGGAGACCUGGGCUGACCUGGUGCACCCCGACGCCCAGGAUAUUCUGGACACACUAGAGGACAACCGGGAGUGGUACCAGAGCAUGAUCACGCAUAGCCCCUCGCUUCCCCCCGAGGAGAGAGAGAAGGAGGGGGGAGCUGCCGGGGAGAAGUUCCAGUUCGAGCUGACGCUGGAGGAGGAGUCGUCCGACACAGAGCAGGAUGACAUGGAGAGUCCUGUGAACGAGGAGACCAGUGACUCCAGAACGCCCGUCACAGACAACUCGGAGAGUGGAGAAGGAAUUCCGGGGGCUGCCACAGCUCAGGACAGCAUUGCGGCCAGUGCAAAAGCCACCAUGAAGGUCGAUAACCCCAACCCGACACGCAGAACGUUGGCCAGAUGUGGCAGUAUGAAUGUGCCAGAGGCAGAGACUCAAGCAAUGAGUGUGGAGGAAAAGGAAUAUUUAGUAGACAAAGAAGGAAAUGUUAUAUACCUUCCGCUGGGAACAUAACACAUAUGCACUUUCACUUACAGCUUUGCAAAAAGAAAAAUGAUCCUGUCUGUAACAGUAGCCUUACACUGGAAUUGUUCAUUUGGAACUCCUUAAAUGUAGGAUUUAUUUUUCUUCCUAACGACCAACAAAUACAAGCUACUUGCUCUUGUUAAUCUUUGAAGUAGUUGACACCAGCAUGCUUGAUCUCUCAUGAUGGUGUCACGACAAGCACAGCGAUGGGUUUGGUCAAUGAUGGCACAUCAAGCUCUGAACAAUGGAAGAGAAAAAGGAAUUCUAUUGAAAUCGUCUUCCUUCAGUUGAUGUACAGACACGUUUCUAAACUUGGUCUAGGAACUUUUGUACCAGGUAACCCGUGAAAUUUCACAAAGACUGUUUGAUAAUUUUAACAGCUAUUUUCACAAGCGUUUAUAAUUUCAGUUGUUUUAUUUAGUUAUUUUUUAAUCCUCACUUUCCGUAAGUUUUUUGAAAACGCAUUAUAAAGCUCACUACACUUAACCUGCAAUUUUACCAAAAAUACUGACCUGAAUUGAAAAACAAAAAAAUAAAUCACACAACAGAAAUCUCAGGGUAUGAAGGAGAAUCACAAACACAGAAUAUAGUCUUUUAAUGUAGCAAAUUGUUCUUGGGUAUCCCUAGUUAUAGAACUGAACUGUAUAAUGGGGUAUUACAAGGGAAUCACCCUCAGAUUCAAGUCACUCUGUGGAGAUUUACUGGGGGAAAUCAAUUCCAAACAUCUAAAUCUGAAUUUACUAGUCUUUAUUAUAGAAUUAGGGAUACCUAGCUUAUUUUAUAAAGAGCCUCCACUUUCAUUUUUCUAUGUAAGCUAGGUAUCAUUACACCGUUUUUUUUACACUGGUUUUGUCACUUGCUGUUUUAGCUACAAUAACCAAUAAUUGGCUCAUUUCCUUCUACCACACUAUAAAUUCACCUCCUGCGUUACAUAGGAAGUGAAUGGGAGGAACUUCCAUGGCUAGAUUCAUAGCCCCCAAUUCUCACUACUCUUGGACUUGUGUUACCCAAGGCAGACCAAGAGGGUGUGUGAAACCAAACAAUAAUCAAUGUGAAGUCUGGAAAACCAAAAGAAGAGCUGCAAAACAAAAAGGGGCUUGUAAAAGUUCUGGACACGCCUUUGUUAUGAGAUACCUUUGGUGUUUUGUAUUGCCAGUCUCCCUGACAGAGUUCACUUCAAUGCCUUUACACUACCACUUUACCCCUAGCCAGUGUAGCUCUACAACUACCCUUGGCUCAGCCAUGCCAUCUAUAGUGUGAGUGAUACACCCUAAAAAACUGUCCAACACAGGGUUUAAGAUAAACCUCGCCCUCUUUCUUGUACUGAAAAUCAUGGCUCAUUUGCGUUGUCAUUAUUGCAGAAGUUAAUAUUUGACAGUGAUGAAGGAAAAAGCAUUGAACUGCUAAUUCCUGGCACCCAUUCACAUACCAGAAAGCAGCUGUUGUAUUUAAAAAAAACAUUAACAAAAGUGGAGAAUAAAAACUACUUCAGAACCAUAAAAAUGGGUGCAGUUAAUGCCAAUAUUAAAAUUGUAAUUUGAAAGAUGAUAUAUACUAUAGCUUUGUUUGACCAAUUAUCUUACCUGUUUCACAUCGCUGGCAAUAGUUCCAAGCAGUUCGGAUGUAUGUUGCUCCAAUAAGGAGUUAUAUCAAUUUUUCACUUAAGUUCACCUCAGUUUACAGCUAAUUUAUUGAAUGUUCAUGCGCUAUUUCCUUAAUACUGAAUUAAACUCUGGUGCAACAGACGAACACCUGAAAUGGGAAAUGCUUUUUGUUUCAGUUACAACUGAAUUUCAUGUGGAGUUUGUGUUUAGUUAUUUUUACUAUAUUUUUUAAGUUUAAACACUCUCCUACCAAAAUCUUAUUCUGAAUGAAUCAGAGGUGCCAAUCCCGCCCCCCAUGCCAUAGCACUGUGUCAUUGCAGCCAUGUAUUAUCUAGUUUAUUACUGCACUGUAAAGGGUUAUCCCUCCUCCGCGGCAAAACUGGAAAGCAGAAUGGAGUGCAAAUGCAUCACACACACACUUGCGGUUUUAAACUUUUUUUGUUUGU